AUGGUUCAAGGAUUGUUGCACCCCGCAAAUCCUUAUCGGUUGGGGGUGGGGCAGUAUCUCUACUGUGUGAAGGGAGUUCGUCUUGAUAGUAGAGUAAUUGUCUGCGCAACAUUUCUCAUGACAAUGCCGCCAGCCCUUCCCUUCGCGCACGUUACACAAUAUCACGGCGACUCCAUUAGCAUCAAGGGCGACUUUUCAUGGUCACGCGCCUCAUCUCCACAAAGCAUGAGCCCGGAAAUCGAUAUCAAUUCUCUCCUAACUCAGAUCAAUAGAGCGCCUCGAAACUUCGAAACGCCAGAUCCCCUGGAUAAAGACAUCUCAUCGCCUCAUGUCGGCUCGGGAAGUGUCAGUGCUCGUCCCGAAGCGCCGUCGGCAAAUUUUGCGCGGUCUCGAAACCGGCAGUCCAGUGGCGGUACCAUGGAGGAACGACUAGUCACAAUGCCUGAGAAGAGAACAUUGCCAUGGAGGGAUGGGGUAGAGCCCGGUGCUGAGAACGAAACUGGUGGAGAAUCUCGGAGGAAACAGAUUAGAUUUGGUUGCUUGCUGGCAACGCGUGGUGAAGUCCAGGCUCUACCCUGUAACAGCUGCGCCAACGGCAGAGGAAAAUUCAGCGUUUGCAUCAGCCUUCCAAAUUUUUUCAAAGGUGCAUGUGCAAGUUGCCAACUUAGCGGCAGGCCGAAUCGAUGUAGCAUUAAGAAGAAAGAUGAUCCGCCCGAGAGUCCAAACAGUGCCUCCCGCUUGUUGCGAACACCGAACGUUGUAGACUCUUCACCAAGCACAGCAUUGCAGAAAAGUCCAGUAAAAGGAACCCAGGUUAAGCGUCGCCGCACUACAGCACCCAUAGCAUCUACCCCUAUGCCAGAAUGGGAAAAUCUUCGACAUCCACAGUGGGAUCAGGACCUUGGCAAUAGUUCACGUCGCCUGGUUAACAUGGGCCAGCAGCCCUGGGCUUCCGUCAAGCUGCAAGCAACAACCUCUAAUACUUCCGGGGUGCUAAACGGUAGGAACAGCGGUGCAAGUGGUGUAUCUGAUGCCCUGGAACAGAGGAGUUCUCUUGCCUGGCCAUCAGUCAAUCAGCCAUCGAAUAUUCAAAUGUAUCAUUCACAGGAGAACAGUAGUGCCGGCUUUCGAAACGAGCGGAAUACGAGAGAGGGAACUGUGGGCCAUGAAGACGCAAACUCUUUUGUCCUCAUUGAUACGCUGCCCAGGGGUAAACAGCGCCAGGUCUACGGCCUAAUAAGCGGCAUUCAAGGCGGCAUUGACCACCUACAACAUGAACUAAACUCUCUGAAGAAAGCAUUAGGUAUUGAUGAUGAAGAUUAG